AUUGGAAUUUGACAUUUCCUAUAUACUCCAAAACGAAAGAAAAACGAAAAGCGGAAAAAACUACGUGUCUCGAUGAAAUAUCGGAAAAGGAUUGUUCUAUAAAACAACUAAAAGUUGGAUGCUUGGAACCUUUUAUAUUGUAUUGAAUAGAAAAUUCUACAAGCAUAAUUCAAAAUUAAUAUAUUUCUGGAGUCAAUCAGCCUAUUGGCUGUACGUGCUACCACCAACGACAUAAUGCAAAUAUUACUUUCGUCCGUAUGUCUGGCGUUGACGAGCAUCGUCAUCGGGAACGCCUACUACCAGAAGAAGCAAUUUUAUCCUGCGGUUGUGUACAUCACCAAAUCUAAUGCAUCUAUGGCCGUUAUUUAUAUACAGUUUUUCGUUAUAGUUUUCAUGUUUGGAAAGUUAUUGCGCAAGAUUUUUCUGGGUACAUUACGAGCAGCUGAGUUUGAGCAUCUAUUGGAACGAUUUUGGUAUGCCCUGACAGAAACAUGCCUUGCAUUCACUGUAUUCCGUGAUGAUUUCAAUCCGCGUUUUGUAGCACUGUUUACAGUUUUAUUGUUUCUGAAAUCAUUCCAUUGGUUGGCGGAAGAACGCGUUGACUUUAUGGAGCGAUCACCUGUACUUGGAUGGCUAUUUCAUAUACGCGUAGCAAGUCUUCUUGGAGUACUGGGCAUUUUAGAUUACUUUUUGCUUAUGCACGCCUAUAAUUCCACUUUAGUUCGUGGACCAACAGUGCAGUUAGUUUUUGGCUUUGAAUAUGCAAUAUUGUUAACUGUAGUUGCGAGUACGGCCAUCAAAUAUGUGUUACAUGCUGCUGAAAUGCGAACCGAUGUACCAUGGGAAAAUAAAGCCGUAUUUUUGCUCUACACUGAAUUGGUGAUUGGAUUGAUCAAAGUAAUUCUCUAUGUAUUGUUCGUGUUUAUAAUGGCCAAAAUAUACGCAUUACCGAUGUUUGUAUUCCGCCCAAUGUUCUUUACGAUAAGAAAUUUCAAGAAAGCACUAAUCGAUGUCAUUAUGUCAAGACGCGCUAUACGAAACAUGAACACACUUUAUCCUGACGCCACUCCUGAGGAACUACGACUUUCAGAUAACAUAUGUAUAAUCUGCAGAGAAGACAUGAUUAAUCACUCAAAAAAGUUGCCGUGCGGUCAUAUUUUUCAUACCACUUGUUUACGUUCGUGGUUUCAACGUCAGCAAACCUGCCCAACAUGUCGCCUAAAUAUAUUACGAACACCUAAUGCUAACUCUACAGCGAUUCCAAGACCAGACGAGGGAGUGGGUGGUGGAGCUGCGGGUCAAGGUGCUGCAGCUGCUGCAACGCCUGCUCCUGCCGCUGCUGCUGCUCCAAUACCAAAUCAGGCAAACGGUACUGAGAUGCCACGAGUAGACGGUGCAGCACCACCCAAUGCUGCGAGUGUCCCAGGGUUGUUUGAAAACAUGGGCAUUGGCAAUGCCGGUUCAAAUAAUUUGCCUGGUGGACUGCCGUCGAUUCCUACGACAACAGCACCACCCAAUUUCCCAACUUUGCCGUUGCCUCCACCAUUCAUGAUACCGCCUCCAUUUCCAUUUAUUGCACCAUAUGCUAUACCACCACCACCUAUGCCAUCAGAUCUAAGUACUUUGAGCGAUGAAGAAUUAAAAUUAUUAGAAGGAAAUGAACGCCGUAAUGUUGAAGAACGUAUCAAGCUACUACGAAAUAUUGAGUUAAUGCUGAAUGCUGCAGGAAUACUGAUGAAUAACUACCAAAUAAUCACUGCGCGUUUGCAAACGACGGUACCAUUACCAACCGAAACUGUUGCGUCUUCGAACAACACCACCAAUAAUACAAUAAAUAAUACAAACGAAAGACCCAGUACAUCAGCGGCUGCUGCUGCAGCGCUUGCUGAAAAUCAGUUGCAUACAUCUGGCACCAGUAAUGUUGCAUCAGUAGCAAAACCAACAGUUCUUACAGAAAGUUCAACACAUCCUCCAUUGCAAAAACAUGGUGAUGUGACAAUUGAAGACUUAGGCGGUGAAGAACAUGAAUACGGUGUUACGCAGAGUGGUGAUGCAGCACAGGCAUCAGCAUCAUCCUCGGUGCAUACGCCGGGUAUUGAGAUCUGUACUGAUGACAAAACCACCAGCAUUACAGCUGAACAACCCGAGAAUACCGAGCUCAGUGAACUGAGAAAACGACGUUUAAAAUUCCUUGAAGAAAACAGCAAAUUAUCAACGCCAACAACAACUUCUGAAAACACUUCGAGCGAUUAGAGAAGGACUUUUAGCUUUAUGUUGUUUAAGUUUUGUUUUUCUAGAUUUUUGUUGUUUUGGGAAAUUAACGGGUGGAAAAAAGUAAUUGCUGUUCAAAAAGAAAAACCAUAUAUAAAAAGACGGAAAUUAUGUUGAAAUUAUGAUAGAAAGAAUGGAGAAAACAUGAGCUGAACUGUAUUUAAUAAUAUAUAAAUAAAACAAAAAUAAUAAUAUACACUUACAUACAAAAAUAAAUGAAAACUCAA